CCUGUCUGGGACAAUUUUUUUCAUAAAGUAACUUAUGACUGCUAGAAAAAUACAUAAUAUAUAUUAUGAUUGUAUCGUUUAUGUUCUUUAUUAAAUACAACGUUUAAGCAUUUGUCUUUAAAGGGUGGCACAAUGGAGGAAGUAAUUGCAGUGUACAUCCCUUCUGAACAGCCAUGUUGGGUGAGUACUCCUCUCCGCGCCGCUUUAUGUUCAGGUGUGUUACCUGCCUUUCACUUCCGGUAGCAGGGCUUGCUCUGUCUGCCCGCACCUACACAAUGGACCGGGCGACUGGGAAGGUUGUUAUAUAGUUUGUGGGCCGCAGUGUGAGCUUCGGCGUGCUCUUGCUGCAUGCAGACACACACGGGAGAGGAAGUGCUUCCUGACAAUAAAAGAGGUGCGUCUCAUUUCCAGUCCACUUGGCGUGGCUCCUCGCUGGAGCUGAGCGCAUUGACGCAUUGUGGAGUCGACAGGGUGGGGGGAAGAGGAGGAGGAGGAGGAGGAGGAGGAGAAGGAGGUGGUGGAGGGGGUGGUGGUGCUGGUGUUGGUAGGGGCGCGCACUGCAACCCCUCCUUCCCGUACACAACCGAGGAGGCAUCUACCGGCGGAACCGCGAUGGACGUGGUGCAGCUUGACACCGACGACCAUCAACCGGAGAACGGUUUCGUCUCCCCCGAGAGCACGUCGCCUUCGGUGCCCCUGACUCGCAUCGACGGCUCGAUUCUGCCCUUCCUCGGCGGCUUUGGGAAGUACCAGAAACAGCUGAUCGUGCUGACAUGGAUCCCGGCACUCUUCAUUGGAUUCAGCCAGUACUCGGACAAUUUCUUGCUCGCUCAGCCAAACAACACAUGCAUCCAGCCCCUUGCCAACACCACCACCGGCACGACCGCUGCUACUACAGCCGCCACAAGUACCAGCAGCAACGUGACGUGGGCCCGCUCCUGGGCGUCGGAGGUGGCCCAGAAUGCGAGCGAGAGGGUGGCUGGCAGCCACAACGACACGGGUGACACGCAGUGUACAUGCAACGCGUGGACCUUUGAGCUGCACACAGGGCUUGUACAGAAUGUGGUCACCAAGUGGAGUCUGGUGUGUAACUCAGCAUGGAAAGUCCACAUUGCAAAGUUCUCCCUCUUGGUGGGAUCCAUCUUUGGAUACCUGGUGUUUGGAAUCCUUGCAGACUGGUUUGGUCGCCACCCAGUGCUGAUCAUAUCCGUGCUGUUCAUGCUGGUGUUCGGCCUCACUGUGGCCUUCUCCGUCAACGUUCCCAUGUUCAGCACCCUGAGGUUCUUUGAAGGCUUUUGCUUGGCAGGAAUCACACUGUCGCUCUACGUCCUCAGGAUCGAGUUGUGCCUCCCGGGUUGGCGCUUCUCCAUGACCAUGGUGGCCAGUUUCGUGAUGCUGGGUGGCCAGCUGCUGAUGCCAGGUGUGGCGUACCUGUGUCGUGACUGGCAGGUUCUCCAGGCUGUCAUCAUUUGUCCACUGCUGCUUAUGCUGUCCUACAUCUGGAUCUUCCCUGAGUCACUGCGUUGGCUGCUGGCCACUCAGCAGUACUGCCGCUCCAAGUGGAUCAUGGGACACAUUGCCAAGAAAAACUGCGUCAACAUGGAGCAUGAUACCGACAACAUUCUCCCAGAACUGCAGAGAGCUCUUCAACGUAAACCAAAAAAGACAUGCAUCGUUAAAAUGGCCAGGACGAGGAACCUAUGGAAGAAUAUUGUCGUGCUUUGCGUCAACUCGCUAACAGGUUAUGGGAUUCACCAUUGCUUCGCUCGCAGCAUGAUGGACCCAGAAGCCCAGGAAACCACCAUGUUCCACAACUUCUAUGCAGACUAUUACACCAUGGCGGGCAUCGCGGUGGCAUCCUGCCUGGCACUGUGCCCAGCGGUGGGCCUGAUGGGCCGGCGAGGUGGCCUCCUCUUGUUCAUGAUCAUCACUGCGUUGGCAUCAUUGCUCCAGUUGGGCCUGCUCAACUUGCUGGGAAAGUACAGCAACCAUCUCAAUAUAGAUAGCUCAGGCACCCUGAAUAAAAACUUCUCUAUUGCCUUCUCCAUCAUCGGGAUGUUUUCCUCCCAUGCCGUCAGCAACCUGAGCAUCUUCUUCUGUGCUGAGAUCACACCCACCGUCAUCAGGGGUGGAGGUCUGGGUCUGGUCCUGGCGAGCGCUGGCUUCGGUAUGCUGACUGCACCCAUCAUGGAGCUCCACAAUCAGAAGGGCUACUUCCUGCACCACAUUAUCUUCGCCUGCUGCACCCUUAUCUGCAUCAUCUGCAUUCUUUUACUUCCUGAGACGCGCUACCACCCCCUGCCCGAGACGCUGGCCGACGACAGCUACACCCGCCAGUCUCUGCUGCCCCCGCGCAAGCCCGGCGAGCAGCGCCUCCUGCUGGCCCCCUCGGAGAGCGCCAGGGACUACACGCGGGUGCACGACACGCCUCUGCACGAGGCCGCCGCCACUGCCGUGUCCACCAUGGACUCCACCGCCUCGUCGGCUGUGGAUUUGACUGCUCUCCCCGCCCACCCUGACCUUGUGGAAGACUCUUCUUCACCUGUGGCCCCCACUGAAGACGACAUCAUACACGCCAGUAAAGAGCACCUGCUGUCUUCCACACCUGUGCACAAGGCCUGUGUCACAGACCCACUUUUAGAGAAACCUACAGAAAUCGUCCUGGCUUCAGUGGAGCCGCUCACAGAAUCUGUUAUUGACGAAAUAAGCGACACAUGUCCGUCUCCUACACAGGGAGCACCCCCUGAAACUCCAGCAACGCAGCCCGCCUCUCUAUUGAUGGACCCCCCUUUAGAGUCCUCUCUGGAUGACGACGUGGACCAUAUGUCCGAAACAUCUGACCCACCUUUGCGAGAGGACACCUUAGAAGAACCUCCAUCACCCGCACCCCCUCCUCCUGUUCCCAUGACAGAAGAGGACACCGCCCCUGACCCCCCGCCUUCUCUUUGUGAAGAAAUCAAGUUAGAAAUAGUUGAUGAAUUCACAUUAAGCCCCACCUCUGUGAAUGACCUUUCAUCUCCUCCCUCCCCACUUCCAGUCCCCUUUCCCACUCCUUUCCCGGACCCCGUCCCCUUGCCGCACACCACUCUCCCCAUCACAGACCUGGUGCACACCCCCGCCCCAGAGACUUUGACUCUUGAACCCUUGGGGGAUUCAAACGACUCCCUUGACUCCUUAGACUCUUCUUGUCCCAUUCAGGAUUCCGGCCCUCUAGAACCCCCUCCCUCCCUAAUUGAGUGUACAGUUUCUUCUCCCAUAGACUCUGGCAACCUCUCAAUCAGGGACAGCGCUAGCACCGAAAACAGUGCCCUCAACGGAGUGGCGUCAUCAUGAUGAUGCCGGCUUUGCGGCUCUUUUGCAGCACUUAAAAGAUGGCUGCCCCCGCUCGGAGUUGGGUGGUCUUACAGAUGCCCAGCCCCCUCCCACCUCCACUCCUCCAUCUCUCCCUGCACAAAAGGCUGCUUUGUGACAAUGUGACAGCUUUUUGUUGUUGUUUUUUGAAUGUCAGUUAAAAUCACCAGCCUUGAAAGUGCAUUGGAUGGACAAAAACACCACUGUCUGUCAUUUGAAGCAAAUAAUGUUGGGGGGGGGGGGAGAAAAGUCAAUACAGAAGUGAACAAUCAACAAUUGUAAGGAUUUUUCUAUUGAAGCAGCACAAGAAAGUACUCCCAAAAACCAAAACGUUCAAAAAAUUGUGCCAAAAAUGAGUAUUGUUGCAUGUUUGGGGACUUGUUUUUGUAGUCCUCUGCCAUAGACUGAAUGAUGAUGGAGUGAAUCAGCGUGUUAGCAUUUCUCCCAUACAAGGAGGCGGCUCAAUGGUAUCAGAAUGUAUGCGAUGGCAGCCACUAAUGUAUUUUUACAAACUGACUGUGGUAUGCAAUGGGCGGGGGGGUGGGGGGGAUAUUGAUAUUGUCAGCAAGUGCAUAAUUAUUUGUUAAGCUUGAUUCAUUUGCAAGCAAGGUUUAAUAUAUGAUUCGUUUUUUUGGCCUGCCCAAAUGAAGUCAUGUAAACAGCUUCAGUAUUUGUCACAGCGCAGACAAAACAACUUCAAAAAAAAAAAAGAAGAAUGUAUGCAUGACAAAGAAGUGUCACUGCUUCAUUUCAAUGUGUUUUUCUGAUUGCAUCCAUGACUCGACCUUUCCAUCUGUUUCCUGCAGAAAUGUUUACAACAAUUCUCAUGAAGAUGGAGCAGUCAUUACUGUAAAACUUUAAAGAGCCAGCCAGACUGGGGGCUGUUUUCCUUUCCAAAUGUGACUCUUUCGUAUUCUGUGCAAUUUGUCCAGGGUGCAACAGACUAGCACAUCAACAGAAGAUUCAAUCUAGUGGUGCGUCCAUGACAACAACAUCAGGCGGGUGCUUUCCUGCACAAUAACGUUCUUCCUCCGUGUCAUUCAGUACGUGCAUUGACGGGAAUACUUUUUUUCCUUCCUGUGAAUGAUAGUCAGUUUGAAUCAAAGUAUGACAGUGUUUUUUUUUAACUCUUAAUAGAUGGUCAGGUUAGGAAAUAUUCAUGCUGCUGCACACGUCAAAGCACAAAUUCCCUGCAAGCAUGUGAUGUCGAAUUUGGACGAAAGAGUAGGAACGAAGCACUGGAAAGAGCAAAAAUAAGGCAAACUUUGAGAAGAAUAAUUUGAUGACAAUAAAAGUUGGAACAAUGGAAAGAAAAACAUGAAAGUUUUACAACAAGGAGAAUAAGUCGUAAUAUUACAAGAAAAAAAUCUCUAACUAGGAAAAUGUGGGAAUUUUAUGACACAAUAGGAUUUUUUUUUUGCAUUUUCUAAAUAAUACCUAUUAUGAGAUUAACAUAAUAUUGUACAAAAAAAAGCCUGAGAAUAAAUACAGAUUUACAUUUA